UCUGAAAGAAGAAGAAGAAGAAGAAGAUGUCAGGUGUGGAGCAGCUUUUCCGAGGGUCCUUCCGCUCGGAUUUCCUUCAGGUGGCCUUCCACAGGUUUGCCUCUCCUGAGUUGCUGGACUUCUUAGUCCGAUGGAAAAUCGACUUGGAUGAAGUGGAUUCACUGAAGCGGACGUCAGCCAUGAUCCAGGCCUUAUCUGAUGAUGCUGAAGUGAAGCAGUUCACCAACGUUGCUGUGAAACUGUGGCUCAAUCGCCUCAAACAACUCCUCUAUGAUGCAGAUGAUAUACUGGAUGAGUAUGCCAAUGAAAUUGUACGCUUGAAAUUGGAAUCAGCUCACCAAACCCAACAGGGAUUUACAAGGAUUGGAUCAGAAGGAAGGGAUAUCAGCGAGAUGUCAUUGGAAUCUCAAUAUCGGACUCACCCUCUCCAAACCCAACAGGUACGAAACCCUGUUCCUGUCACUCUAGGUGAAAGUAGUGUUUCAUCCUUGUUGGAAUUUGAUACACAAUCUGACGUUAAGGGCAUCGAUGAGAGAUUUGGAUCAAAGUUAAAGGAUAUCAACCAGAGGUUGAAAAUUGUUGCACAAGAAGGUUUAACUCUAGGUUUGAACUCGAACAUCAUCUCAAAACAAAGGGUAUUCGGUCAAAGGCCACCAACGUGUUCUUUGGUGAUUAGUUAUAAAGUUGUUGGCAGAGAGGAUGAUAUGUCGAAGAUUGUUAAAUGGUUGCUGUCAGACAACAUUCCAAGUCGUCCCGAUAACAAUGAUAGUAACUUCUCGGUGCUGCCUAUAGUCGGCAUGGGUGGAGCUGGAAAGACAACCUUAGCUCAACUUGUUUAUAACCAUGAGAGUAUUCAGAACCAUUUUGGUCUGAAAGGUUGGGUCUGUGUUUCGGAAGAUUUUGAUGUGGUGAGGCUAACCAAAGGAAUUCUAGAGUCAGCCACUGGAUCAUCCCCAAAUUCUGAUUCACUGGACCUACUACAGGGGAAACUCAAAGAAGUUUUGAACAAUAAAAGAUACCUAAUGAUUCUGGAUGAUGUGUGGAAUGAGAAUUACGAGAGAUGGGAUGCCUUAAGUACCGCUUUUGCAUUCGGUAAACCAGGAAGCAAGAUAUUGGUUACGACACGGAACAAAGCCGUUGCAUCAAUCGUGCGCACUGAUCUGAACUAUCAUGAUCAUGAUAUUAAAGGUCUGUCAGAUGAGGCUUGUUUGGAAUUGGUCAGAAGGCAUGCUUUCAUGCAUGGAAAUUCAUUUGAUGAUGCAAAUGAAAAGCUGGAAAUAUUUGGAGAAGAAAUUCUGAAGAAAUGUAAGGGUUUACCUUUGGCUGUAAAGGCACUUGCUGGCAUCUUGCGAGAUAAAAGGGAGAAUUGUGAAUGGAAAGAUAUCUUGGAAAGUGAAAUAUGGGAUUUAGGAGAGACUACUGAUCAGAUCCUCCCAUCGCUCGUUUUGAGCUAUCAUCAUCUUCCUCCGCAUCUGAAGAGGUCCUUCGCAUAUUGUUCUUUAUUUCCCAAGGACUACGUAUUUGAAAAGAAUGAAUUGGUCAGAUUAUGGAUGGCAGAAAGUAUGGUGCAGCCAAAAGGGACGAAACGGCUUGAAGAUAUAGGAGUGGGGUACUUCGACGAUCUCUUUAUGAGGUCCUUCUUUGAACUAAGUAAAAGUUCUUUUGAAUACAAAUCCCCCCAGGAAAUGGUCUGGACAUGCUAUGAUACACUCGCUUCCAAUGAGUUACAAAUUGAAUGUCGUACAUUCACCUUUAGGAAGUGGCAAGGUGAUAGAUAUUUAUUUGAAGACUUAUCAAGGUGA